AUGGGUAAUCGUGGUCCAGAGUUUAACAGGAUAUUUAUCAUCUCAGACACCCAUAAGUCAGGCUUAUUUCAUAAUUUUUCAGCAGCUUUCCUCCAAACCCCUCCUGCUCUCAGCUUCAAGUUGGUGGGAGAAGGUUUUAUUACUUGUUCCUUCAGGCUUGAACGGGAGUUAAGGAUGAGGAGGAACACCUUGCUUGCUCUUGUCACUUGGCUCAUGGUGGUGGCCUUCUUUGUGGUCGCUGCAACUGCUGCUGGCCGAAUGAAGGCUAUGGAGCACGAGAUCGAUUCACUGCCUUGCAGGUGCUGCUGGAUUGUGCGGCCGGGAGUAUGCGGCCAUUCCUGCUGUGGGGAUAACUGCUGUCCAUAGGCAUCAAUCGGGGUUAUUGCCUUCCCUGGCAUUUCGACUCUGAAAAAUGCCAGGAGCAAUCGUGAGUUGCGAAAAUAAAAAGGAAGGCAUUAGUCACUGAAAAUCUGUAUUCCAUAAUAUCAGUGUUUCUGAUGUACUAAAUAAAAGUCCUCUACUACAAAUAAAGAGAACUGUUGCCUUUUACUUGUAGGUUUACGGUCGGCUAUCUAAUAUUUUUCUCUCUA